AUGGGGCCGCGCUUGCUACCGCCGCGGCUCCUGCUGCUGUCGGCGCUCUUGCUGCCGCCACUGCUGUGCGGAGCCGAGGACACGCCCCCGUCACCACAGGCCACGUUGCCGCCGCCGCCCGUCGUGACGAACGGGAGCCAGCCGGCUGCAUCGUACAACAGUACACAUCCGCGGCCGCCAGGCUCGCCAGGCUCGCCACUGCUGCGCUCUCUCUACGUGGUCACGGGCUUCAUCGUUCUGGCCGCGCUCUACUUCCUCAUCCGGGCAUUCAGAUUGAAAAAGCCACAGAGGAGGCGAUACGGGCUCCUGGCCAACACCGAGGACCCCACCGAGAUGACCUCGAUGGACAGUUAUGAGGAGACAGUCUUUGAGACGAGGAACCUGAGAUGGUAG